AUAUAUAUAUACAACCAAACAAAGUCGUUUUUUCUGCUCUCUCCCUUUCAUACACGUUUUGGUUUGUAAUUAAGGUGUUUUUAGUGAAAAUGGGAAGAAGAAAGUGCUCACAAUGUGGUAAGAUAGGACAUAAUUCUAGGACUUGCACACCCUUCACCAAUAUUGGACUUCGUCUCUUUGGUGUCCAACUACCUUACAAUAACAUACCCCCCUCAUCUAAUUCUGUUGUUAGUAAUAAUAACAUCAAGAAAAGCUUUAGCAUGGACACCUUUCCCUCACCAAUAUCCUCUCCAUCUUCCUCACUCUCUUCAUCAAUAAUAACCAAUAUUGAUGAAAUUAAUCAUCAUAAAUCCACCUCUAAUAUUUCCUAUCCAUCAGAUUGUUUUAUAGGUCCACCCCAAGACAAGAAGAAAGGUGUUCCAUGGACAGAAGAGGAGCAUAGAAUAUUCCUUGUUGGACUAGAGAAGGUGGGAAAAGGAGAUUGGAGGGGUAUCUCUAGAAAUUUUGUCACUACAAGAACCCCUACACAAGUUGCCAGUCAUGCUCAAAAGUACUUUCUUCGAUUGGCAACUAUCAAUAACAAGAAGAAGCGACGCUCAAGUCUCUUUGACUUGAUUGAGACAAAGAACAACGUAGAUGGUCGAAGCCAUGCUAAUUCAGUGAUUUUGGAUCAUAAAUUAGAAGAUAAUUGUAAAUGUGAAGAAGUUGAGAUUAUUAAUGAUGCCACCACUUUGUCAUUGCUAGGGGGGUGCAUUAAACAAGAAGAAACAGCAAAAUUAUCAGCUAAGCAACAAAUUAAUUACUCUCAAGUUGUAGAACAUCAUCAAGUUGUGCCUUUAAUUAAUUGGAUACAUCCUAAUUUGGAACUCACUCUUGCAGUUGCAUCCCCUAAUAACACCCAGCUGGAACUAAAUCAACCAUCCCCUGGCCCAUUCCUUCUAGGCCCAAUAAGCGUCACUUAAUUAAUCAACUAGUACUCUGGAAUUUUACAAAUUACUAGUUUGUCUUAUCAAUUUGUCAUUUUAAUUAAUUAUAUAUAAUCUAUUGUCAAGUGUAACCUAACCUCUUUUUCUAAUUUAGAGAAGAAAAAGAAACUAAUGGAUUUUUUUUCUUCA